AUGAGUAUCAAGGGAGCGCUAUCCACAAGACACAAUAAGUUACCACGUUGUCUAAAAAUUGACAUAGGCAGGUGGGAAUGGGAAGCUACUGUCUGCUCAAUUGACCAAAACCCAAUUGCUUCUGGUGUAAGAGUCCUCUCACUGGAUACUACUGCAGAUCGAUACGUCCGCUCGGAGAGGACUCUUCCGUACCUCAGACGAAAGUUGUCACAAUCCGACGUAGAUCUGACCUAUGAUUACGGGAGCGAUGAGGCGGUCAUCUUGCGUUACCUGUUUUACGUGCUGCCGAACCUUACUCAACUCUACUUACGUCUCUCUGGCAUUGAGGACGCAUCCUACUUCACACGGUUGAGGGAAAACCCAUUGUUGAGCCUGAAGAUUCUCAGAGUACAGUAUCUACGGCGUCAAUGCUCGCUGUGGUUUAGCGCCUGUUUUGGUCUUUUCGACGCGGCACCUAGUCUCGAAGAAAUUAGGAUUGAUGACUGCAUCAUUAAUCCUCGGAUACUUAACGAAGGACUGAAUCUUCCAAACGUCGGAAGGGUUCGACUCAUCAACGCCCAGUUCUUCAAAGACGACACAAGUUCCCACGGCACCCAACACUUCCCACGCAACAACUGCCCUAGACUUCGCGUGGUGGAAUGUAGCUUCCGAUUCGAUGCGAACGCCGACUCGGAGCUAUUUGCUACACUUUCAGAUAUGCUAGUAGCUUUGGAGCCGGUGGCAACUCAGCUUCACGGACUGGAACUUAUUGUGGGACAGGAUAUCCGCCGCACGAAUACGGUCGUAUCGCUUCACUGGCCGGAUUUUCGAGGCUAG